AUGGAGAAUACUACCCCAUGCUCAAAUGUAUACGAUGUCUGCGAUGGAGGCGAUUCCAUCGCAGACAUCUGGGGUCAGCGUACACCAUACAAGCACGAAUGGCCUACCCGCGUCGACGAACGACUGAUAGAUGAGCCCGAGAAAUGGGUUCAGAGCGCAUGCGUUUUGUGCAGUAAUGGAUGCGGAUUAGACAUUGGCGUCAAAGAUGGAAAAGUAGUCGGUGUCCGCGGUCGAGCAACCGAUCGCGUGAACAAGGGCCGUCUAGGUCCCAAAGGAUUGAACGGAUGGACCGCAAUAUCGCAUCCUGACCGCUUGACGUAUCCCCUCGUAAGGAAAAAUGGGAAGCUCGAACGAGUCUCCUGGGACGAAGCCAUGGCCUGCAUUGUGCAAAAGGUGAAGCAGACACAAGCGCGGCUUUCAAAUCAUGGCAUUGAGUUUUAUACGAGUGGUCAGCUGUUGUUGGAGGAGUAUUAUGUUUUGGCUAUGAUUGGGAAAGCUGGGUUGAAUACGUUGCAUAUGGAUGGGAAUACACGGCUGUGUACGGCGACGGCGGCAGCUUCAAUGCGCGAGUCAUUCGGGUCUGAUGGCCAACCUGGCUCGUAUGCUGAUAUCGAUUACACGGAUUGCGUGUUUUUAGUUGGCCAUAAUGUUUCACAUACCCAAACUGUCCUCUGGAGUCGUAUGCUUGAUCGAUUGGACGGACCGAAUCCGCCAAACCUCAUCGUCGUCGAUCCAAGACGGUCAGAUACCGCGGAACGUGCGACCGUUCAUCUAGCCCCUAAGAUUGGGACGAAUGUGGCUUUACUUAACGGCAUACAGCACCUUCUUUUCGCCAACGAUGGAUGGAUUGAUGAGGAGUUUGUCUCUAAACAUGUCGUGGGACUUGAGCAGCUUAGAACGAUUGUCUCAAAGUAUACUCCUGAAUACGUCGAGGAAAUCACCGGCGUUCCUCCAGUCCAGCUAAAAGAAGCAGCACGCAUUAUUGGCACGACAAAGAGCCUGCUCUCAACAGCCCUGCAAGGCAUCAACAACAUCAACCUCCUCCGCGGUCUAAUUGGCAAACCCGGCAGCGGCGUCCUACAAAUGAACGGUCAACCCACAGCCCAAAACGAUCGCGAAGCAGGCUGUGACGGCGAAUAUCCGGGAUUCCGCAACUUCCAAAACCCGAAACAUGUGCAAGAAAUUGCCGAUGCCUGGAACAUUGGCUAUAUGCACGUCCCUCAUUGGGCGCAGCCAACGCAUAUAGAGACCAUGCUCAAACAUAUCGAACACGGCUCGAUUGAUAUCAUGUGGAUUUCGGGUACUAACCCGCUCGUCAGUCUACCGCAUCUGCAGCUGGUGCGUGAUUUAUUCACAAAGCCAGAACUUGAGGGGGAGAAGACGGGAUGUUUUACGAAUGCUGAUCGAACUGUCCAUAUCUCCUAUAAGGCUGUUGAACCGCCGGGAGAGGCAAAACCGGAUAUGAAUAUUUUUCUUGAUUUUGCGAAACGCAUAGGCUUCAAGGAUAAGGACGGGAAUGAUUUGUGUCCUUGGACAGAACCGGAGGAAGUGUUUAAUGCAUGGAAGAAACUGUCUAAAGGGAGACCAUGCGAUUAUAGUGAACUGACAUAUGAGGAGCUUACGGGUGGUUCGGGGAUACAAUGGCCCUGCAAUGCAGAAAACCCGCAGGGUACAGAGCGUCUUUUUACAGACGGCAAAUUUUUCACUGAUAUUGAUUAUUGCGAAAGCUACGGCCAUGAUCUUGAGACCGGAGCGCCAAUGACGAAAUCCCAGUCCCAGGCACUUAAUCCUGCAGGUCGUGCGAUCCUCAAAGCUUCCGAUUAUAGACCUCCCCUGGAAACACCUGAUGAUGAAUAUCCCUUCAGAUUAUCCACAGGUAGAAACGUAUACCAUUUCCAUACGCGCACAAAGACCGGCAGAAAGGACAGAUUGCAACGUGCAUUCCCCGAGGCAGUAAUACAAAUCUCGCACGAGGAUGCGCAAGAUUUACAGCUGAAAGAAAAGGAUAUAGUGGUUGUUCGUUCUCGUCGGGGUGCUGUUGAGCUUCCUGUUACUAUUGGGAAUAUUGAGAAAGGGCAGGUUUUUAUUCCGUUUCAUUUUGGAUAUUUUGAUGCCAAGAAUGAGCGUGCUCGUGCUGCAAAUGAGUUAACUAUCGGACCCAAUCUCCAAACAACCAACUUUCAAGUCCGGCGCCGUCAAAAUCGAAAAAGCCCAAGACGACCAGAGAACUGUUAAAAUUCACGCCAGACAACUCGAAGCAAUCCCCAAAAGACCAGCCAAAGAAACGAAGACUCGAACCAUGGCCCGGCGCAAUACAUGACGCUCUCAACACCUUGGUCGAAAUAUACGAAAAUUUCAUUCCGAAACUAAUCCAAGAUCUAGACAUUCAAUCCGGUCUCCGGGUUAUGUGUAACAUCACCCAUGAGAUAAUCAGCCAUUUACAACCGUACAUUAAGAAAUACCACGAAAGCAGACGAUACAGUCAACAGAUCUCCCGGGACCUGCGCGACUCUUUAUUCUCUCUAUCCCGUGGCUCCGAUUCUUUUCGCGUGAUCACAACUCUACAAGCGGUGGAUUUGUUCGUGACGUAUAUAGAUGGGUAUCUGAUAGCAUUGCAGCCGGCGAGCAUGGCGUUGUGGGAUAAUGGGUUCUGUGAUGCAGUGGGGUUUGCGCAGGCGCAGCUUGCGAGACAACAGGCUUGGGCGAGACAUCAUCUCAAGACGAAGAGUCCCCAGACUCUUCUGGUUCCGGUGCCUGUGGAGGUGGAUUUGGAGUGUGAGAGGCCGCCGGGUGGUUCUUGAUGUCUGUAUUUCCAAGCACCAAGAUCCGCAGCG